AUGCCACGCGAGGAUACCAAAAUUUACGUUGGCAAUUUGCCUUCCGACGUUCGAGAGCGUGAUGUUGAGGAUUUGUUCAUGAAAUAUGGAAAGAUCAGGUAUAUCGAUAUUAAAAACGGCAGAGGACCAGCUUUUGCUUUUGUUGAAUUUGAUGAUCCGAGAGAUGCUGAUGAUGCUGUUCGUGGUCGUGAUGGAUAUGACUUUGAUGGACACAGAAUUCGUGUUGAAUUCACUCGAGGCGUCGGACCACGUGGACCAGGCGGUCGUCCGAUCAAUUCUGGUUACGACGGUGGCUAUGGAGGAAGACGCGGAGGACGUGGAGGUGGUCCACAGCGUAGAACUGGAUACAGAGUUAUCGUCGAGGGAUUGCCGCCAACUGGAUCGUGGCAAGAUUUGAAGGACCACAUGAGAGAGGCUGGAGACGUUUGCUAUGCUGAUGUUGCUCGUGAUGGAACCGGUGUUGUGGAAUUUACAAAGUACGAAGACGUGAAGUACGCGGUCAAGAAGUUGGACGAUACCAAGUUCAGAUCUCACGAGGGUGAGACUGCUUACAUCAGAGUUCGUGAGGAUUCUUCGUCUGGAGGUCGUGGAGGUGCUGGCCGCAGCCGCUCGCGCUCGCCAAGAGAUCGUCGUGCUUCUCCGAGAUAUUCUCCACGCCGCUCGCGUAGCCGCACUCGCAGCCGCUCCCCAAGCAAGUCGCGUUCUCAAUCUCGCUCGCGCUCCCGCUCUGCUUCGCCGCAAUAA